CCUCCGUACGUGUGACGUAAAGACCACAUGACACAGUGACGCAGGACGCAGCUUCAGUCUGCGUUCCGCUAGCCAGCCUGCCGCAGGGGGGUUUCCAUCAUGGCGUCCAUGCAGAAAAGGCUGCAGAAGGAGCUGUUAGCGCUGCAGAAUGAUCCUCCCCCCGGAAUGACCCUGAACGAGAAGAGCGUGCAGAACACGAUCACACAGUGGAUCGUCGAUAUGGACGGUGCCCCAGGAACACUGUAUGAAGGAGAGAAAUUCCAGCUGCUUUUUAAGUUCAGUAGUCGAUACCCCUUCGAUUCACCUCAGGUCAUGUUCACUGGAGAGAACAUCCCUGUGCAUCCCCAUGUCUACAGCAAUGGCCACAUCUGCCUGUCUAUCCUGACGGAGGACUGGUCCCCAGCGUUGUCCGUGCAGUCGGUCUGCCUUAGCAUUAUCAGCAUGCUGUCCAGCUGUAAAGAGAAGCGACGCCCCCCUGAUAACUCCUUCUAUGUAAGAACGUGCAAUAAGAACCCAAAGAAAACGAAAUGGUGGUAUCACGAUGAUACCUGCUAAUGAGUAACUUUGUCAUGCUCCUGAAGAAAGUCCUACAGAGUAUAUAAGCACUUUUAAUGAUUCAGUCUUUGAACUUUGACCUCUGACUGGAACGAUGGACCCGAUAUGCUGAAGACCUCCAGGCCUGUUGUUGGAUGCAUGUUUAGCAGUUGUGAAGAUGACAGAAUGUAAUGCACCCAACGUGGAUCGAUUCAGAGUUGGCAGGGAGAACUUGUUUGAAAUUAUUCCUUUAUUAUUAUUAUUUUUUAAUGAUUUUAUUGUCCUUCUGUAUUGUGCAAUAACUGAAUCCUGCUUGGGCCUACAAGAGAAACUCCAAAUCACAUAGGUUGUGAGUGUAAGGGAUUUAAGAAUCGUAACCCCAAGAACAUCAUCUUUUCGUUUUUAACUUUAAAAAUAUGCACUGUGACAAUAAUUAUGGAGGUACGUUAACAACUUUUUAGCAUUUGAUUAUUCUGCUACAGCACCACACUUUAUAUUUUCUUUCUUUAUCUGAUGAGGCGUUUGAAUUCUGAGCUGAAGGGGUUAUUUAUUUUCGAGUUUUGACCGUAUUCCAGACCGGUCAUCCUUGCCCGGACGUAAUGAACUGGCCUGAUUUUCCACCACUGCACGCUCGUCAGCUCUCGACGUUGGAACACAGCUGAAAUGAAAUCAGUUCGGGCUUUUUGUUGCAUUUUUUUGUGUACAUGUUAUCUUACGGCUCAUGAUUGAAUCUUCUGAAAUGUCCCAUUUUCGAAGCCGUCUGUGCGCGCGCGUGCAUGCAUUUGUGGUUCGGCUGAUGGUUGGGAGGAGGCCUGGGGGGGUCGUCUUUGGCGUGGUCGGGCCCUUUGAGCUCCCUCGCCACCAACACGCGUCUUGUAAAAUAGUUUGACGUAAAGAUCACAGGAUUAGACUAGAUAGAGAUUUCGCUCAUCGUGGUUCAUCUGGCUCAGGUACUUUUUGAAUUAAUAAAAUCCACUAUAAAACUCCUAGGUAAUAUUUUGCAUUCGAUUUGAAAUAUUUUCACCAAAAAGACUGUUACGAUGUUAAGUACAGUGAGUAUAAGGACACUGUUAGGUUUUUAAAUUGUUAUAUAUAAAAAACCUAAGUUAGUAAUGAGUGCUAGGGUCAUAAUAGACAGUCCUCACUUUAUAUAAAUGUGUUUUUCUUUUAAAAAUAUUUUAAUAUAUUGCCUGUAAUAUAAAGCCUGUGUAUGGUAUGUUUUCUAAAGAUUGUACCUUCUUUGUUCCGGAGGUCUUCUUGAAGGUUCUCCAUGGGGAUAGGAGGUUCAUUACCUGGAGCGCAUUUAGCGUUGGUGCAUCUAGGCCUGUACAGUUACGGUAAUUAGAAAUGAUUAGUGCGGCAAUGACAGGGACAGUUUGAGGCGCUGUAGCUCACGAGGAGCCCUUUUGAAGUGUCCCUCUGCCCCGGGGCUCGUAGAGACGUCGCGACCUUCUGCCCGCCAGCGGUCGGAUCCGAAGGAGAACCGCUGACGUGUGUCACCUGUCCAGAGUUCUGGAAUCUUCCUUCCCGGCACCAUGCCCACUUUACUUCUUGUACGUUUCCUCUGAUUGAUAUCCGGAGGUGGCGGCCGGACUGCGUUUGCUCGCUUUCUAGUGAAGGGUUUCUGUCUGCGAAUGGCACCGGAGUAGCUCAGAUAAAGCGCAGACCCAGUUGGAGUGUCAUGUCGUCGUUGGGAUUUGUGGCCGUCGAUGUUGAGAGAGAGAAGCACAGAGCGCGUGCGAGCGGCGCCUCUCCCAACUGGCGGUUCCGCUCCCUUCAAAAUGGAACAUAGUAGUGAGUCUCUCUAUUGCAGUGUUUCCCAAUCCGGUAUCCCCCCCACCCCCCCCAACCCUAACCC